UACACAAAAGUACGUGAUUUAAACGGUGUAACUUGAUGUUUAUUUACUUUGCCAUACUGUGCAGACUUGAAAAAAACACAUCAAAAUUCAGUAUUAAAAGCGAUAUGGCCGAGGCAGAAGAAAGGAAAGAAGAGUAUUACCUAAGACUUUUAACCUUUGUCAUUGGACCAGCUACAGAAGUUCUCCAACUCUAUUUCGAGAUAAAAGUGUUAAACUCGUUGGAUUUUUUUAUAUUCUUGGAAAAUCACAAGCAUGUCUUAUUUCAUGAAUUAUAUCCAUCUAUUCCAUGUUGUGAAUGUAAACAACUUUCAUUAGCGGCUCCAAGAAAAAAAUGUCGUCUUACUGAUACUCAGUUUGAUACAUUGUUUGAAACAGACGAAGGACAAGAAGUUCAAGAUCAUAAAAGAAAGCAUGGACAUACGAUAAAACAAUUAUGUCUUUGCAGUGUUUCAGCAAAACGAACGACUUCUGUAGACUUAAUGGAUAUCACACUUUUGGCUUCUGUUGUUAAGUCGUGUUGCAAACCUGGGUCAAUUUCUGGAAACCCAAUUUGGAUAACGGAUAUUAAAAAGACAAGAAAUUUCAUAGCUCAUUCGCCAAAAAAUAAAAUAACAAAGUCCGAAUUCGAUCAAAAGUUUGGGUUAGUAGAACAAUCAGUGUUGAAUAUUGCAAGUGUAGUAGGUCCUGUAUUUCUGAAAAUGAUCAAAGAUCAAAUUUCUAUUUUUAAAAAUAGCAAUCUGUCGACAAUUAUCGACAAAGAUCUAAAAAGAAAUAUCAACGACAGUAUCUAUAAGAUUCUUGAAAUUUUCGUAGAAGAGCAAAAAAGCACUCUUGAAUCAUUGGCACAUCAAACAAGGAAUUUGGUAGAGAAUACUGAGGCAAUAAAAACCGAGGUAUUUAGCCGACUUGAUGAACAAAAAGAGCUCACUGUUGGCAUACGCAAUGUUGUAUUUGAGGUUAAAACAUUGUGGAAAGAUGAGAUAUCUAAGGCAACAGAUCCCCCCAAAAAAGGACUUUCGCACGAUUAUGACGUUUGCUAUGUAGAAUGGACACUGGCAACACCAAGUAACUGGGAUAUAGAUGAAAUCAAGGAAACCUUGGAAAAUUUUUCCUCUCUGAUGGGAAAAUUUUUCCGUAUAGUGUUUGUUUACAAGGGAUCACUCGUUAUUCAGACAUCAGCUCAAGUACGUUUUCUGCAAAGCGACGAAGAAUUUCAACUAGCUGUAAAAUCAUUUUUAAAAGAUUUACUUGACAUUUGUGAUCUUGAUACGGAGACCAAAACCAUUGUUCAAGUAGGAAUAACGAUAUCCAAUGAGAAAUUCGAAUCAAAAUACUUCGUCUCUGAAAAGAAAAUGGACACCUCAUGGUUAACAUGCGACCCAUGUUCUAGUAAAAAUGUUGUAUUGGAGGCAAUUCAGUUUUGCUCUGAAUGUCAAUAUAAGCUUUGUCGGCAAUGUAUAUCAAACCACAACACGAAUGCAGUCUUUUGCAAGCACCAUUUGACUGAUAUUGGAACAUUAUCCUUAGAGAACUUUUGUACAAACCACGAGGGCAGCAUUCUCGAUUUCUUCUGUGUUGUACAUGAUUGCUUAUGUUGUCUAUCUUGCAAGAUCGAGGAACAUAAUUCGUGUCAAAAUGUGCUUCCUUUAGAAGAUGCAGCAAAAGAUGUAAAACAUUCAGUUAUGUUUCAAGACGUAUAUAAUGCUGUAUCUAACAUUAGAACGACAUUAAAUACAGCAAUCACAAGUCAAGAUGUAAAUAUAGAAAAUCUUAAUGAUGAUGAAGCUACGAUUUCAAGUCAACUUGCGAGUUACAAAACUAAAAUGAUUAACCGAUUAGACAAACUUGAAGGAAUAAUUAUACAUGAAACUAGUGCGUUAAAUAAUGAACAAUGUGCUAGAAUUGAAUCACAUAAAACCAGUUUAUUGCAGAUUAAAAGACCAAUUAAAAAGAUGUCAAGGAAAAUAGAUCAAGUAUCCAAGUAUGGUUCACAAAAACAAUUGUUUAUCCUGAUUAAUAAGUAUAAACUUGAAAUUACUGCCUUGGAGAUCAAACUUCAAAACAUCCUGCCAACACUUAUGACAGGAAGAAUGAUAUUUCAACCGCAAGAAGAUGUUCAAAAUACCAUAACAUCUUUGGCAUCAACCAGAAUAAAUACCUUGCAAUACAAGGCAGAUUUUAAGCCACCGAAAAUUCAACAAGUUCAAGUUCGAUCAGUAGUUUCUCAAAUGCCAACGAAGUUUACAUUAGACCGUAAAAUAGAAAUCAAAAGACCUGAUGAUACAAUUAUUAGAAAAAUUGAUAUAACAGAUGAUAAUCGUCUCCUACUAUGUAGUAACUUCCACCUAUUGGUAUACAGUGAUCGGGGCGAUUACUUACAGGAUUGUGAGUUGUCUGGUAAAUCAUGGGAUAUAGCUGUUAUACCCGGUGAAGACAAAGCUGUCGUUACUUUACCUAGUCUGAAUUCAAUACAAUUUAUCGACAUUAAAACAAUGAAAGCUGGUUCUUCACAUUCCAUACCUGUUGCUUGUUGGGAUGUCACUAUUGUCAACGAUAAGAUUUGUGUCGGUGGGUAUUUUAGCCGUGAAAACUUAUACAUACUUGAUAAGCAAGGGAAAUGUAUAAAAAAAGUGAAUAUACCGAAGGCUUGUUAUAUAACAAGUUUGUAUCCAGGUCCUGAUGAAAGUGUUUACUAUACAGAUAGCAAAGCUGUAGGUAAUGUAACAUUGGAAGGAGAACAACUAUUUAGAUACACUUCAGCCUAUCUCAAAGAACCAAUGGCUCUUACUACCGACAAAAAAGGUAAUUUAUACGUGGCGUAUGAAAGUUCAAAUACUAUUCAACGAAUUACAUCUAAUGGAAAAUUCCUUGAUAUCAUCCUGAAUACAGAAAAUGAUAUAUACAGACCUACUGACAUUAUCUUCAGUAAUGAUUAUCGAAAGCUAUUUGUAUUGAAUUGCGUCGACGAUAACACUUAUGUCCUCGUUUUCUCAUGUUCAUAAAUGAGUUAAAAAAACUGCGAAAUAAGUUAUUCAGUAAAUGUUUUGUAUCAAGAAAACAAAAUAAAUUUAGAUUUUACAACUAUUUGCUUGACAUAAUGUUUGAAAAAUUCUUAAUUGAUGGCACCUUUUGGUUACCAACUUCUUGUAACUUGAUUGUCCCUUUGGUAACUUUUGCCUCUUUUUAUAAGCAUGCAAGGCCUGUUGCACAUGUACAAAACUUAAUGCAAACGGAAUAGCAUAUCAUAAUUUUACUGUGAUGUUGUUUACCGAGCCCGGAAAUUUAGAUACGAUCCGGGAAAACUUAUCGAUCCUUUUAAUAAACUCAUUAUAAAAGGUUAUCAAUUCAACACGCUAUUUAGAUCUUUGAAUAUUGUUUAAUUGGUAUAAAUAUUGAUUUUGUUAUCAGUAAAUUAAAAUCAAACUAAAUAUUAUUGUUAUAUACAUAUGCAUAUUCAAGUCGAUACCUGUAUCUUGGCAUUGCACAAGGUCAUGUUUUUUCUCUGACUAUUAAUGACGUCUUUACACUAAAUCCAUUGAACUAUCUGUAAGACGCUGCGAGUACUCUCAGAUCUGUUGUGGGGAUGUAUAAGUACCCUGUCACGUCCGUUCUGUACUUUUAUUAGAUGUUUUUCUGCUUCGUAUCGAUCUGAUGAGUUAAGCCCUUUUCAACUGAUUUUUAUAGUUUGUUUUUAUGUUGUACUCUCCCAGGUUAGGGGAAAGGUUUUGCACAAACAAACUAGUUUAACCCCGCGCAUUAUUAUGUAUGUGCCUGUCCCAAGUGAAGAGCAUGUAAUUCAGUGGCUGUCGUUUGUUUCUAUUUAUCAUAUUUGUUUUUCGUUCAUUGUUUUGUACAUAAAUUUGGCUGUUAAUUUUCUCAUUUGAAUUGUUUUACAUUUUUUCAAUUCGGGACCUUUAAUAUCUGACUAUGCGGUAUGGGUUUUGCUCAUUCUUGAAGGCCGUACAGUGACCUAUUGUUGUUAACUUCUAUGUCAUUAGCAAUCAUAUCACAUCUUCUUAUUUUUAUAAGACAGAAAUUUAAAAAAAAUAGAUUAUAGUGAAUUAUGUUA